UAACACCACGCCUGGAGUGAGCCAUGAGGUUCAGCGCUCUCAUCCUGCCCCUGAUCCUCACCUGCGUCUACCUGACAUUGGCCCAAGGUUCAUAUGAAGACUGCUGCCUUCGUUAUGUCCGGAACGUCAAUAAGAGAACCAGGCAGAUGGUGAUCAGCUACCGGGAGCAGGUGACUGACGGAUCCUGCAACAUCCCCGCCAUCGUGUUCACCCUGAAGAGAGGGAGAAAGUUCUGUGCUGACCCUAAUCAAAAGUGGGUUAAACAUCUGAUGGAGAAAAUUGAGAAAAGGAAUAGCAGAAAGCGCCAUAACUGGCCGAAGACGAUUGUCUAGGAGAGAAGGUCCGUCGGAAGCCUCUCCUUCAGAUCUCAUACCCCUCACUCUCUGAUUCCAGAGCUGGUGUCAGAUAGCGUUAUUCUCAGCACUCUGAUUGGCUAACAUGCUUUGAUUAAUCACACGACACCCUGCUUUUGCCCCGGAAAGGUGAUCCACCUCCUCCAGCAUGGCCUCAGCUCUCUCUCUCAGUGGGAACUCCCACACUGUGCCGUUCUGCUAGCAUGAACUGACCACAAUAAGAAGGUGUGAUAGCCAGCAAUUAGCCUGAGAUGAUGCUGCCGCACCUGAGACUAAUGGGCUAUCAGUAUGUUGAAUGGAGGCAUCGCAAUGUCAGAAGAGAAUGUUGAGACCCACUGAUCCGUAUUUGUAAACAUGAACACUACACAAUCCACAUCAUGUACUGUACAUAAGCUGUCCAGCAGAUGCUGCAAAGGGUUAAUGUGUACAAGCUAUUGUUUUUGAUGGAAGAUGUGCACAGCAAGUGGUUUAUGUAUGUGCUGUUUUAAGGCUAGAAGAGGAAUGUUGCAUGUAACAUAACCACAGGGUUGGAAAAAUAUUGCU